AAUUUGAAAAGGAAAGCGCACAAACAAAAAUGAAUUACAGUAUUCUGCCAAACAAAAGCCCCCACCUCCCUAAUACUACUACUCCACCCCAUCAUUGCCAUCAAGAAUUUACAACACAACCAUUCCGGCACCAGCACUCUCUCCAGACACUCCACUUUCACAAACGCAUUCUACAUUCCCACCCCCUCUUCUUCUUUUCUUUAUUCAAUUCCCCCACUACACUACUUCUUUCCUUUUUCUUGUUCGUCUCUUUAAGAUUUUCCAGUGCAGUGCUGUCGUUAUUUCAGAAAAAUAUAAAGUGCCCUGACCACCCUCAUGGGGAAUUGCUGCUGUGGCUGGGAAACUUCAAUAUACAGAGUCUCAUCCAAUGCAAAAUCAGAAUCUCCAAAGGAGCAGAGUCCUUCAGAAGCAGAGAGGAACGCUCCCAGUAAACUACCAUCAAAUCCUGAAGAAGUUGAAGACCUCCGCCGUUCUACAGCCGCCAAUCCUCUAAUUGCUUUCACGUUCAAUGAGCUAAAGAACAUUACUGACAAUUUCAGACAAGAUUACAUGUUAGGUGGAGGCGGCUUUGGAAGUGUCUAUAAAGGGUACAUUUCCCAAGAUUUACGACAAGGACUUCAGCCGAUUCCUGUUGCUGUCAAGGUUCAUGAUGGAGAUAAUAGCUAUCAAGGUCAUAGGGAAUGGCUGGCUGAGGUAAUCUUUCUGGGGCAGCUUUCUCAUCCAAAUUUAGUGAAGUUAAUUGGAUAUUGCUGUGAAGAUGAACAUCGGGUUUUAAUAUAUGAAUAUAUGGCACGGGGUAGUGUCGAGAACAAUCUAUUCUCAAGAGUGUUGCUCCCUCUUCCUUGGUCAACUAGAAUGAAGAUAGCAUUUGGUGCAGCAAAGGGGCUUGCUUUUCUGCACGAAGCAGAGAAACCAGUUAUUUACCGUGAUUUUAAGACAUCUAACAUCUUACUGGACCAGGACUACAAUGCAAAGCUGUCUGAUUUUGGGCUAGCUAAAGACGGGCCAGUAGGGGACAAAUCUCACGUUUCUACUCGUAUCAUGGGAACAUAUGGCUAUGCUGCACCAGAAUAUAUAAUGACGGGUCACCUGACUCCAAGGAGUGAUGUAUAUAGCUUCGGGGUGGUUCUACUUGAGCUUCUAACAGGCAGAAAAUCAUUGGAUAAAUCAAGACCGGCUCGGGAACAGAAUCUAACAGAUUGGGCAGUGCCAUUGCUUAGAGAAAAGAAAAAAUUGGUAAACAUUGUAGAUCCGAGAUUGGAAGGGGAGUAUCCCAUAAAGGGUGUGCAUAAAGCAGCCAUGCUUGCUUAUCACUGUUUAAAUAGGAAUCCAAAAGCAAGGCCGUUGAUGAGAGACAUAGUAGAUUCCUUGGAGCCUCUCCAAGGCCAGGUUGCUGCUGGUGAUGACAACUCUAAUUCCAACUCCAACUCCACUUGGAAUGUUUCUUCUACUACUCACAACUACAAAUGAGGAGGAUGAAUUAUUAUUUUCUCUGUGUUUCUAAACUAGGAUCAGUUUCUGGUGAAGUAGUGUUUUUAUGUAUACAAUUAAUUACCUACAUGUAAGGGAGUGACAGACAUUGCGUAUUUGUUUUUAUUUAUGAAGAACAACAAUGAUAGAGUAUGUGUACUAGUAGUAAUUUCUUUGAACAUAAUUUCAAAUAGUCUAUUCA